UGUCAUAUCAAUCUCUUUUCAGAAAAUCCCGUUAUCAUUUACUUGCAGUACGAAAUGACCAGAUGAGGCCGUUAUAACCCCUUCUGAAUUUAAUGACACUUCCUUCCUUGUUAGAACAAGUGUACGACGAAAUGAAAAGACCAAAAUACCAGUACUUAGAAGAACUCAAAGAUUUUCAGUUUUGGAGAGCCUUGAGGUGCGAAAUGCUUGGAACAUUUCUAUACAUGAUAUUUUUAUCCGGGGUGACUUUAAAUUAUCAAGGUGAAAAAAUUUCGCUAAUCAAUGACGAUUUUAAAGAAUCUUGUAAUAUCAUUAAGCUUUCAGCGGAAAGUAAAAUUAUGAAUGGGCCAGUGAUGAGUUGGACUGAUGCAAAAACGGAAUCUGUCAUUAAGUAUGAUUGGGAGAAUCGUGAUUGGAUACAAGGAACGAAAUCUAGAAACAACAAUGAAACAGUUAAUAUGUCCGACUCUUUAACCGAUAAUGCCCAUUAUAAUACGAAUAAUAGUAGUGAGUUAUUUAAUACAAACGUAUCGUUUAUGUUAUCUUUAAACAAAAAAUUUAACCAAAUUAAAUUGACUAAACAAUAUCCUCAUGAAUAUCCAGACAUCAAAUUAAAUGUUAGCCCAUCCUUAUUAAAUAUAUGUGUGAUAAUUGAAAAUGCUCAACCUAUCCAUAAAGAUUACGUUACUUUAAACGAAGAAUACAAUAUUCUAAAAAUUGCCAUUGUAUCUGGUUUCUCUAUGUGCAUACUCAUACAAAUAUUUGGACACAUAAGUGGUGCACAUUUGAAUCCGGCCAUAACUCUAUCAUAUUUAGCUGUCAAUCAUAUAAGCGUUUUGAGGUGCAGUGCGUAUAUUGUUUGUCAAUGUUUGGGAAGUAUAAUAGGAGUUACAAUGAUUAGGGCACUAAUCCAGCCUUCUUUUUCUAUUUUCUCGUUAUUUCAUCCUAACAUAUCAGACCAAGGACCAACAAAAACAUUUAUCUUACCUCACACUGAUUUAUUCUCUAUCCAAAUUAUCACAAAUGUUCAAGGAUUCGGCUUAGAGUUUAUAAUGACAUUUGUGCUUGCUCUGAUCAUUUAUUCUACCUUGGAUCCCAAAAAAACCCUUCUCAUACCUCCUAAUGGAUAUCUUAAGUCAUUUAAUAAAAAUGGCCACUCGGGGCUUUUGAAUGAGGGAAAUAGUUGCGAUAUGGAAGUAGAUCCUUAUAAUCAUCCAACUUCGGCAUUAAUAAGCAUGAAAAAGGAAAAUCUGGAUAAAAUACAACAUCAAAAUAAGAAUGUUUUGGAAAGAGGUUAUAAAAUGAACAGUAACCACAUGAUUAAAAAGGAUGGAAAUAUAGCGGAAGAUCUGUUGAUGAAUGACAAAGAUUAUCAGGGAAGGACUAGGGGAUUCAUUAUGUAUCCUAUAUCUGUAGGACUGUACAUAACUUUCGCAACUAUAUUCGGGUAUAAAUACACAGGGGCAAGUAUGAACCCUGCCAAAUCUUUGGGUCCAGCAAUCAUUAACAAACAAUGGAACGAUCAUUGGGUGUAUUGGAUAGGGCCUAUAUUGGGUGGACUUAUGGGUGCUUUCACUUAUGAAUAUACAGCCACGGUUUCAUCUAAUCAUAAAUCUUUAGGCUUUAAACGGUCAUUUAGAAAAAGCCUCAUCGGUUGUAAGAAAAGCGGUGAUGAAUCCAUUCAUCGGCCAUUUUAUCUAAAUAGCGAACUUCAGAAAAAAACACCGGAUCCAUUAAAUAUGCCCAACGAUUCAAGCGAUAUAUGUGAUGAAGGUUCUGGAAAAACUAAAAAAAACUCAAUCAUGACUACCAGUUUAUCAAUGACCGGGUUUUCAAAUUAUUGAAGAGAAAAAAUUUAAAUGAUUUUUCUUCUUAUUUGGGAUAUGGAAUCCAUAGAAAUUCAGAAUCUCUAAAUUUUAUAUCAUUUCCGGAGAGAUUUUUUAAAUUUGAAAAAAUCUGAUUUGAUUGGAGCAUUCCAACAUAGAUUGAACAUCUACCCUGUAAAUCUUAGAGAAUUAUUGCCAUAAACUUUUGUGUAUUGUUUUAAUUUAAUUUUUAAAAAUCUAUGUAAUAAAAUUUGAUCUAUGCAAAUUGGCUAAAAUUUCGAGUGGGGCUCUUUAAAUAUUAGAAUUCCAUUUCAGGUCAAGUUAGAUUUUUUAAAUUUAAAAAUCGUGCUCAGCAAAUGAUUUAAAAUUGAGAGAAUCCGAAUACAAAAUGGAUUCUAUAUCCCAAUAUGACAUUUAUAUCUCUAAUUAAAGACUUGAAAACCAGGGGAAAAAACAUUUUAAAAAAAGGAUUUUGAUAUAA